AUGUCAUCUAAAGGAGUCGGAGGAGGAGGUAUCGGUGCUGUAGACAAUCAAGUAAUAAUAUUACAAUCAUCAUCAUCUCAAUCACAAUCUCAACUAUUGGAUAGUUAUUACCAAAAGAUUCAAGAGGAUGGAGUGGUGUAUCAGAAAUCAAUGGUCGUGCAUGCAAGAAGAGCUAUACUAAAUGAAACCGUUGUGACUGUGACAAUGGAUGGCGUAGAGACUAGUAAUGUGGCUACAUCAGAUACUGAUUGGGUGGUGACCAACCGUGACACACUGGCACACGAAAGUUAUAUUGUACCAGACUCUAUCUUUUGCAAAAAGUAUCGGUAUUCUAGUAAUCAUCGAGGAUGGAUACCAACAACACUUUGUAGAGUCAAAGCAAUCAAAGUAGAUUCAUCAUUUCCAUCUAGUUUUUAUAUCACUGCAAGAUGGAAUCAACCAAUGAUUGUUCAUCGAGGUGAUUAUUUGGUUAUUCCAUUCAUAUCUACCAAUGAAUCGGCGUUGGAAAUAUAUCGUAUUGCACAAAUUGAAUUCAACCAAACUUAUAGACAAUUAACAAUGAUGGAAAAAUCAACAGACUAUUUCAACAAUCAUCAUCAUCUUGGUCAAACUCUUUUAAUAUCAUUUACAUGUUUAACUUGUAUUGCUGCAGCGGCAUUGGUUCUAUUUAAAAAGGGUAAUAAAUGA